GUUACUCUAUAACAGCCAAUGAACAGCGAAGAGCAAUUUAGUCCAGUGUGGUGACAUCAGUCGGACAAAGAGGGUCUAUCCGACUUCCUGGGCUGCUGACUGAUUCACGUUGUUUGCACCAAGUCCUGAGUCCUGAUCUUGCGCUCGCUUCUCCUGAGUGUGUGCUGUGCCCCCCCCCCCCAGCCGCCCCACCACACCGAGCGCACGAACGCGCGAAUGCAGCCGACUCUUCUGAAUGCUUAAGGCUCUCCGCAGAAUCCGAGCCCCCCACCACCCCCGCCUCCAGCAACUUCGAGGGAAAGCUUGGGACCGGGAUUGUCUUUUCGCCUCAGCUGGCAGGGCAUGAAGCUGAUUUUUAUAAGGGAAUCAUAAGGCAAAGCUGUAGUUGAAAAAGGCGAAUCACCCGAAGCCACCUUUCUCGCUCUUCGCUCCUGAUCUGUCACUAGGCCCAAAGAUGUACCCUACCAUCUUGUCUGCAUGCUUUGCAGUGCAUCUGCUGCUGGGACAUUGUAGAGGAGCCUUGAAGAUCAAAGUUCCGGAAGUCCCCGUGAUUGCCAUAUUUGGAAAAGACGUCACCCUGAACUGUUCCUUCACCACAGACGCUAACUUUUCCCUUGGCGACCUCAGUGUCAUAUGGCAGCUCACUGAGACUCGCAAAAUGGUGCACACGUACUCACUCCAGCAGGACCAGCAGUCGGACAUCUUUGUGAACAGGACAGCGCUCUUCACUGAGGAACUGGCAAAGGGGAACGCCUCCUUACUCUUGAGGCAUGUCAGGAUCGAGGAUGAGGGCAGCUUCACCUGCUUUGUGAGAAUUGAAGACCACCAGAGCGCUCCCAUCAAACUCCAGCUGGCAGCGUCGUACUCCAAGCCCAGCCUGCACUUGGAACCCAACAAGAACUUGAAGCCCGGUGACGAGGUGGCCAUCGCUUGCCACUCUUCAGGGGGUUAUCCCCCGGCCAAGGUGCAGUGGCACGAUGGGAAAGGGAGCAACAUCACAGAGAACAUCACCACUUCGCAAGUGGCCAAUGAGGAGGGCCUGUUUGACGUCCGCAGUGUGAUCAGAGUGAUACUGGAGCCCAACAGCACCUACAGUUGCAUGGUGAGGAACGAGCUACUGAACGAAGAGACCCAGGCUGUGGCAACCAUUACAGGGCAGCAUCUAAAGUUCCCCGCGGUUGCCUUAUGGUUGACGGUCGGGCUCUCUGUCUGUCUGCUGGGGCUGCUGGCCGCCCUGGGGUUCGUGUGCAGACGGAAGAUCCAGCAGAGCUGUGAGGAGAACGAGGCAGGAGACGGUGAGGAAGAGGACACAGAAGCAAGGACAGUGAUGAAGCCUUUGGAAAAUGCUGAUGAUAAAGAAGCAGAAGAGGAAGUACUUGAAUGACCAGAAAGAAAAGCUGAAACAAGCCAACGGCCAUUCCACGAGUGCUUUUGCCAUUUUGCUGCCUUGCUCACAGCUGUAACCAUUAAGUAUAACCCAACCGAGCAGGACCUGAGGCUGGAUGAACUGGGGUCCGAAUUCCACAGCAGUGUUGAGCUAAAUCCUUGUCCCUCUACGUGUUUAGCCGAACUGUUUGCUCCAUGAUCCUGGGAAUUGCUGCAGAUGUCACUGUUGAAAGCUAAUAUGAUGUCAAAAAUUAAGAAUGUGGCUUAAUUACGUUCUGUGUGAGCUGUUGGCCUUCAGAGGCCAGCUCAGCCCCUGGAGAACAAAGAUCCUUGUUCAGAAGGUAAAACAGUAUUGGAGCAGAAUGUAAUUUUUCGACUGGGAGAUAUUUUUUAAUCUGUAGAAUUGAAUUAUUCUUUCCUUGGCUUGUGUUUGUGAUUUUUAUUGCUGUUGAAUAUAGCGAUGCACACAUAACCAGCUGUUGGCUUCAAUAGAAUAUUUGUGCUCCUUUUGCAAUCAUAGUCAUUCCGGCUGUUAAGUGGCAGACUUCUUUGCUGCCAGUGUGUUGAGAAACCCCCACUUGUCUUCAAUUUCGACCUUAACACAUCUCUAAUUAUUACAUGGUAGAGAGGAGCAUUUUGCAGUGGGAAUGACAGUGAAAUGUUAGCUGCCAUUACUCUGCUAAAACACAGUAGCCAAGUGGAGUCUGCACACACACAGAAUAACAUGGAGUCCAGAAGUUGCUGUCAGCCAUUCUACGCCUGUCCUGAGGUUGUGGUGUUGAUGAUUUCCCCCUGCCAAACCCCGUCAGCCCCAAGGCUGUAAUCAGUGGGGAAAUCAAUGAAUUGACAAGAACUUGUACUCUUACACUGUUAGCCUCGCAGUAAAAUUCCUUGGAAAAAGUAUAUUGUUUAAUGGGGCAUAACUGGAUUUUUAAUGGCACACUAACUUCAUAAUUACCUUCAGUGGCCCUGAGAAGCGAGGUUUAUUUUGUCAGAUGUCAAUAUCAAAUUUCUCCAUUAUGAUAAAAAAAACACAUUUUCAAAUAAUUGUUUUUCAAAUUUCUUUCUAUUGAUAGCUUGGCUUCUAUCUAAAUCCAUUCAAUCGCUUGUUUCACUGUCUAAAAAUAUAAAUUUCAAGUGAAGGAUCAAGUGCUUUUAACUGUGGUUUGCUGUCUAUGGGAAUUCAUCAAUGUGAUUGGCUGCUUACCCUGCUCACUGACAUCACAGCUGCUGGAUGCCUGGAGAUCCCCUUGACUUGGCAUCAUAUUUUAAGCGGGAAUGGGGGAAAGCACAACACCGAGAUCGCGAGCCUUUAAGGUGAGCGUUGUUUCUUUGCUGUGGGCUGCAAAAAUCAAGACUGCUAAAAGUUAAGAAAAUCUAGUAAAAUUAGCAUGAUGGUGCCAAUUCUUUGAUCGGGAGCUCUGGACAGAGAGGGUGACAUUCAGGAUAUUGCAGGCCCAUAACUCCCUAUUUCCACCCAUUAGUUAAAUUGACAGAGGCUGCUGGCCAGCUCUUCCUUCAAGCACCGCUCCUCAGCAAGAGCAACAGGCUGUGGAAUAAACCUUACAGGUAUUGAACACAACUGGAUUGUGCCAUGGGUGCUUGAAGAGAUGUCUCCCCAAAGUCCCCCAUGCAGUUGUAUGCGUGUGUGUACUUUCUUACCCGUGGAGUGAGAAAUUCUACUUUAAAUAACUCAGCAGCAAAGUCUUUUGCUUAAAAAAUGAAAGCUUAGUUUAAUCCACUGUACUGCUGUGGAAGUUCUUUGAGAAUAGAUAAAGCUACUAACGCAUUAUACACACACACACACACACACACACACACACACACACACACACACACACACACAGAUUAGUUACGAAUAAAGAUAACAUUAUACUUCCAAAAAAGUGGAUCAGUUUAGUCCAUAUUCGGUGCAGCCCUGACAUUUUUGGAGGCAAAAUGUUUCGUUCUCUGAAGUGAAGGUUUUGAAUCUGUAGGAUUGUCUCUGCAGCUGUGAUGGCCUCCACGAUCGAAUUGCCAGUGGUUGUUUUAACAGGUGAGCUUAGCAGGUGGAAUCAGGUUUACAGGGAGGAGAGAAGGUCCUUCACUUCUGUUAUGCAGGCCUUGCACUUUUAGCUGCCUAAUUAUUUUACAGCAGACCCAGAUGCAUUUCUCUGUCUCCCCCUGGGUUGAAACUUCUUCAAGAUGGUUCUCUGUGGCCCUUUCAGUAACUUUUGCAGGUAAGCUAAGUUGUCAUGUGACCUGCACAAAAGGCCAAGUCACCUCCCAAAUAAAGCAUCGACACUUCAAGUAGCUCUUCUCCCACCUGUGGUUCUUGGCUUUUGUCCUGACCAAGGCACAACUUACAUUCUUACAAUGACGCCCCAACAAAACUUCAUCUUCUGGGUGAGACCACAGUGAACCAGAAUUAAAUUAAGGAAUGCCUUUGGUCUUCUCGGAAGAGGAGACCCAGUCUGGAAGCUACAAUUCUGUCUGGCAGCUGGGGCCAUUUUGAAACAGUCUUUAAGCUCAGUCCAAGGGCCAGGGUUUUAAGGCCCUGCUGCGGCAAGUCUCCACCCCCAGUGGACGUGGCGAGCCCAUUUAAACCUGCAUUCGGUUUGGCGGGGCCGUAAUAUCCACCCGGGUGGGAGGGGCCGCAACAUCCUGGCCCAGGCGUUUUUAUUUUUUAAGAACAGUUUGUCUAAAAAGGGGUAAGAUCAUAAUUGUGCAGCGUAACAAUUGCAUCACGAGGCAAAGACACAUCAAGGCCUCAGGUUACAUCAGAUUCACCCAGGGCAGAAUUUUUCAUCCUGCGCCUGACCCAAACGGGAGCGAGAAAGUGCGCGAUGGUGUCGGGCAAGCGUCCCGAUGUCACCGCACACUCUUGCAAUCUUUAUUUCAGGGGGGCGCACACAAGAGGCAGCAGCGCACCCGCUGACAAUCGAGGGGCCUACUAAGGCCCUCAAGUAAUGAAAUAAGCUAUGUUAUUUGCUGCCCGCUCAGCUGUUCGGUUAGCGGGCAGGCGAAUAGGCCCGGCGACCUUUGCAUCUUUAACGAAGCCUCAUCCGUGGACGGGAUGAGGUUUCCAGCGCUUACUGAAAACAAAAAAAAAACAAUUAAAAAAUUUUUAACAUCCUUUCUCACCCGUCCCUCUUCAUGUGACUGAGUCACACGUGGGGGCCGUUAAUUAGCCAGCCGCCGUGAAAUCGCAGCCGGGGCCCAAUCACGGGCGGCGGUCAGUUUCGCGGCUGCUCCCGGGCCCACCCACCAUACCCGCCCGGUGAGGGGAAAAUUCUGCCCCCCCGGUUGACUGAGCCUUGUGAUUGGCUUUUACUCCGUCAGUAUGUAUGCUAUUCCCUCAUCAAGUGCAGUGAAACAAAACUUUCAACGUGACUUGCACAAACCCAUCUGAUCCUUCCCCCAUGAGGUUCAUCACCAUCGAAUAAAAAGAGGCCAGUUUUCAACUUGGAAUGGAAUAUAAAAAUAGGGAAGUUUUACUGCAGCUGUAGCGGCCUUGGCGAGACCACAUCUGGAAUACUGGGUACAGUUCGGUCUCCUUAUUUGGAAAAAAGAUUUAAUUGCACUAAAAGCUGUUGAGAGAAGGUUCACCCAACUCAUUCUUGGGGUUAUCUCAUGAAGUAAGUUUGAACAAGUUGGGCCUAUAUCCAUCGGAGUUUAGAAGAAUGAGAGGUGACCUUAUGAAAUAUAUAAGAUCCUAAGGGGAUUUGAUAGGGUGGAUACCGGAAGGACUAGAACCUGGGGACACAAUUUAAGAAUAAGAGGUGUACCAUUUAAGACAGAGAUGAGAAUUUUUUUUCUCUCAAAGGGUUGUUAGUAUCUGGAACUCUCUUCCUUAGAGAGCAAUGAAGCCUGGAUCAUUGGCAAAGUGGAGUUGAGACCACAACCACAUCAGCCCUGAUCUUAUUGAAUGGUGGAGCAGGCUCAAAGUGCUGAGUGGCCUACUCCUGCUCCUAAAUCCUAUACUCCUAUGUGUUCCUGUGAGUCUGCUUCCAAGAUGUAACCCAUGUUGAGUCUCAGUUGACCUCAAGCAACGACUCAGGCCUCAAUCUUGCAAAUUCUGAUGGUUUCUAUGUUACUGCUGUACAGGUAGACUCCAUGUGAGCUGAACAGCAACUUCUGAAAUAUCCUAAUUCAUACAAAUGGAAACCGCUCGUCAAUGUACAACAAGCAUCAAGUGACCCGUUGCAAAUGCUCGUGUAUCCAUUUGGUUGGGAUAUUGCCUACAUCAAGAUAUUGGGCAAAGGAAUUGAAUACGAAGGGGUUACGUAUCUGUACACUAAUAUUCACCCAGUAAAGUCGCACAAGGCUAACCUUCCGUUUAGCAAAACUAGAGCAACGUUGAAUUAAGUAAUUCCAACUUCAGUAGAAUGAGCUUUUAUUUGACUGUUUGUAUUAUGGUUAGAAAAGUUAGGCAUGUGCUGUAAGGCAUUAACUCUUCAUUAAGUCUGGAUGAUGACUACAACAGUGAGAGCAUAGCUCAAACAAUGUGGCAAUGUUGCCUGAGGUCCAUAAGCCUGGAGACUGUCCUAUGUGUUAUUCAUCCAGUAUAUACAGAAGAGCUGGUAUUUAAUGUUUUUACAAAGUUGAUGGUGGAGUUGAGUGAUAAAGUUUGGAGGGUAGGUGCUUAGAGUGCACCACAAGAAUCUUACUGCACUGCUAUUGCAACAGUGACUUCUAAAACAGUGCUGUUAUACCACAUGACCUGUGACCGUGCUGUGUGAUUUAUAUUGGCAGUGCUAUUGUACCAUAUGACUCAUGGUUUCACUAGGAAUUUUUCAAAGCUUUUCGUCUUGCACUCAUAAAGACUAAGGACACUUCAUGAGAAUACCAAUAUAAGGGGAUAUUUGAAUGCAAGACAAAAAGCUUACACAUGUCUCUCUUUUCAACAAUACUCAAAUUCUGUACUACCAAACAACUAUAUGAACUUUUAUUUCAAUGAAUGUUGUAAUUAAAUAAUGAUAUAGUUAGGUAAUUGAAAAUAUAGUUUAGAAAUUACCAGUCUCAAUAAACAGCACACUGUAGUAAUUAUUUCUACAAUUUCCAGUUUUGCCUCUGGGAAGUGUGGGGUAUUUUCCUAUGUUUUGGGGUGCUCUAUUGAUGCAAUUUCCUUGAAAUAAAAUGAGGUAAGAAGGUAAAAACU